AUGGAUCUGAACAUUGUCUUCUGCGAAGUCUUCCACGACUUUUUCCCAAACGACGACUGCAAGGCUUGGGCCUACGGCGUACACGAAUUUCCAGCGCUGAGGUUGAGAUCAGCUAGCCCGGGAGGUUCGGGGCCAUCCGAUGUUUCAGAAGACAUCAGGAAGUCCAUAGAGAGCGGACCGCUGCGCCCGCAUGAGGACUUUGAUGAAGGUUUUCAUACCACUUGGGACUACAAAUUCACUAUCCACAUGGGGUUCGAUGAGGAAAAGAACUUAAAGAAGAUGGUGGAGGGCCAGCCAAACCGUGCGGCCGUUCCUCUCCGCGAACACCUGAAGUCCAACAAGUACUCCCUCCUGCAACGCAUCUACUCCAUGGUCUACAUCGAGAUUCAAGAUAUCAGCGGUUACGCGGUGCUAUUUGCGAACGAGGGGCAUGGCCUCCAGCUGUUCGCGAAACCGCUGCAUGCGGACGUUGUCCGAUAUGACCUGAAGGGACAGUCACGCAGGCAGACGAAAAAACAGUCUUCUGCAACGAAGAAGGUCCUUCUGAAUGGAGACUUCACAGAGAAAGAACAGAACAAGCUGCCUUUCAGGAACUGGCACUGCAAAGAGCUCAAGAAGGUCUUCAGAAAAGAUGUCGACUGGCUGAAAUCUCAUGGGAUGGCAGAGUACAGCCUCUAUGUUGAGAUUGCCGUCGGUCGUGCGGCCGGUGUCAGGGUGGGUUGCGGUGGGAUGCCGGGGACACCUCUUUGCAAUGACAACGAGCAGGCAGUGAGGACCAGUGCUGGCCUCCCGAAUUGCCACAUACUUCCGCACUCCAGACGCGUGAGCGGGCAGCGGCCGAUAUCCAAGGUGUCGGUCAUCGAUUACUUCAAGGACAAGCUCAUGGACCGUGACUCAAUGUUGGAAUUCGUGGAUGAAGUUUGUUUGAUCGACCAGAAGGAGAAGCUUGACAAUUGGCAGAUUUAUGUCGUGGUGCUUUGCUUUGCUGCGCUCCUCGUUGGUGGAGCAGCAGCUUGUUGGUUCUAUGGUGCCCAGUUCCUUCGUUCGAGCCGACCCCAUGAACUGCGCUCGCCAGAUGCGUCGGUGGAGAUGACAAUGCGAAAUCCCGGCAUGCAGCCACCAGCACAAGGAUGGCCAGGUGCCAUGUCUCCUGGAUAUCCCGCAGCAUAUCCAGGCUACCCAGGCCAAUAUCCAGCCUACCCAGGAGCCGGCUAUCCGCAGAUGUAA